AUGACCUCCUCUAAAAUCAUGAUGCCGAAGGUGGGCUCACAUCUGAUCCUCACCAUCCCUGCACGUCAUGUGCUUCAGAUGACGCUCAACAGACCCAAACAGCUCAACUCGAUGACGGAUGCUAUGGAAGAGGACAUCUGUCGUGUGUUCGAUUGGUUCGAGACCGAGCCCUCUCUUUGGGUUAUCAUCCUUGCGGGCAAGGGUAGAGCGUUUUGCGCCGGCCAAGACCUCAAGGAUUGGCUCAGCAAGAAUCAGACUUCCGAUACUAUGACGCAUACCACAGGAGAGCCCAUGCAGUCUGAUGCAGAGGUUAGUAAAUCCAUUCAGAGGCUCAAGCGAGGUGGCUUUGGGGGUAUGAGUUCGCGAAGGAGCGCCAAGCCCAUCAUCGCCGCUGUUGAUGGUAUUUGCAUGGGAGGCGGCACAGAGACCAUCCUCAAUUGCGACAUGGUGGUGGCCAGUACUCGAUCCGUAAUCGGCCUGCCUGAGGUAGCCAGGGGCGUUGUGGCUGCCAUGGGUGGUAUUCCUCGACUCACACAGCUAUGUGGUCACCAACGUGCGUCGGAGCUUCUCCUCCUCGGCAAGCCUAUCAGUGCUAAGGAAGCUCAUGACCGGUACAAUAUGGUCAACCGGCUCGUUGAUGUUGCAAAGUCGACAUCCGAGGAGCUCGGUCAGGCAGCAGUAGAUAAGGCUGCUAUCGAUAUCGCCAUUCAGCUGACCCAGAAUAGUCCCGAUAGCGUGCUUGUGACAAAGUCUGCCUUAGUCAUGGCCCGCGACUCGACGAACGGCGACAUUGAUGCUUCGGCGCGAGACAACUUGUUGUCCGACAGAAGUCGAUUGCUCUAUGUGGGCAAGAACAUCAACGAAGGCUUAGAGGCAUUCAAAGGGAAACGCAACCCGAAAUGGUUCAACCCACUUCCCCUGGCCCCGCCAUCCAGCCACGCGAGGUCAAAGCUUUGA